UGAACAUCGCAUUUCUUGCGAGCUGUUGUGCAUUCGCUGCCAGAGCGCUACUGCGACUCGUGUGCUGAGUGACAUAAAAACGCCUCGCUCCGCUUUUCCCCCCAAAGCGCAGAAGCAAUGAUUUAUGGCGAAACUAUUUGCGAGCAGCAGCCGCUGCCGCGCGGAGCAACACAAAAUGGCGGGCGCUGGUGUGCGUUGGUCACUGCGCUGGCGACUGUGUUGCUCGUAAUGCGGUGUUUUUCUUGUUGCGCUAGGCGCCUUCUGUCUUGACGCGAUGCACUCGCCUUAACGCAAACAUGAAGAAGAUCGUCCUGAAGCCCGUCGAAGGCGGACAAAAGUCGGUGGAGCUUAAAAUCGGCAAAACCAUCAUUGGCCGGGGCCCUCUUCUAGAAUGCAGCGACAAGAAGGUUUCCAGGAACCACGCCGUAUUGGAAGUCACUGAAGAUGGCGAAGUCUUUCUCACACCUAACUCAAUUUCAAAUCUAUUCAGAACCCAUGUCAACCCCUGUUUCUACCAAGUUCAAGGCAAGGGGCCAUCUAAAGUUAUGAAGAAGGACAAGCAGCAGUUGCUCCAGUCUGGUGAUUCCAUAGCACUGCUACCAAACAGCUAUAAGUACAUUGUGGAAAUCAACUCAUCAUCAUCGUCAUCAAUAUCACCAGGCUUCAAAGAGUCCCAGCCCGCAGAUGAUGCCGACAACAAGGACAGCAUUGCUGAGAAGCCGGCCACGGCAGUCAUCCCCGCUGAGGAGGCACGUAAAAAUGGCAGCGCCGAGGAGAAUCACCACUCGACGACGACAGUCAUCACGAAGACUGAAAACGGGGAUCGGGGGAGCUCGAAAGAGGCCAGUCCCGAGGCUGUCUCCAAGGUGACGCCGGCAGCGAGGAAGGCUGUUGGCGGUGCCCCCGCAAACAAGGCUGGCGAUGGUGAGAGCAAGUCAUCGACAGGAGGCACGAGAACACUGCCGCGCUGGCUUUUAGACAGUGCAGCGAAAUCGGCGACGACAGCAGCCAGUGCAAAAGCCAAGGCCUCAAGUGUACAGAAGGACAAGAAGGCCACCGCUGAACCGGCAACUGUAAAAAAGGCCGGACGUACAGUGGGCAAGGAGCCGGCCACGAAAGCUCGUGGAAGGCAAGCCAAGGAAUCUGAGAGCGAGGCUGAGGAGGAUAAGCCCAACCAGAAGUCCGAAGAUGAGGCAGAGGAAGAAGAGGAGGAGGAGGAGUCUGAGGAAGAGUACACACCUAAGAGGAAGAAGAAGCCGGAGCAGGCGGAGCGGCACCCCGCCACUGCUUCCAGCGGCAACCGGAAGGGCAGCCGGUCUUCAAGACAAAACCGUGGACUCAUGCAGAAAAUCUCUCUUGAUGAUUUCAUUGCGAGCGACGAUGACGAGUGGGACAACAGCUCGGAUGAGUGGAAGCCGAAGAAGCGGCGAAAGCAGGUGGAUGAUUCCGGCAGUGACUGGGAGGAGGAGAACCGUCGAACCAAGAAAGCGCCACGCUACGCAGCCUCAGACAGCGACUCUGCCAGUGACUGGGAGCGUGCAAGCCGUAGGAAGAAGCCUGCCACGAGAACACGGAACAGGCGGAAGAGAUCAACGUCGGAGAGCGGCAGUUCUGAAGAGAGCGAGAAGGCCCCCGUUAGACGAGGCCAGAGGCGGCAGCCAGCAAAGCGACCAAACUGCAAGUAUGGCAGGAAGUGUUUCAGAAAAAGCGUACAGCAUCUGAAGCAGUUUAGCCACCCGAAGGACUCUGACUAUGAAAAUUCCUCGGGAGAUGAGGAUGAGGACAGGGACGAGGAAGACACCAAGGACCACGCUGACGGUAGUGAUGCUGAGAGCGACCGUGGCAAGAGACAAACCAAGCGACCAUCUGCCACUGCCCCAAGCAAAAAGCGUGCCAAGACACGGGAAGAAGAGAGUGAUGACGACGACAAUGACAAGAGCGGGAAUGAGGAUGACAGACCCAUGUGCCGAUACGGAAAGGAGUGCUUCAGGAAAAAUGCCCAGCACUUGAAGAACUUCAAACACCCACCUGCAGCCAGUAAAAAGAAAGAACCUGCAAAACAGACGACCAAGAAAGAUCUAUUAUGCUGUCUAAAAGACUUUUAGUUUUAAAGGAACAAAAGCUGCCAAAAUGUGAGCUGUAUCGCAGUGGAUUCCUCCAGUUACUGCACGGUGCAAUAUAUAUUCUGCCUCUACUCCAAACUAUUGGAAAUUCAACAUUUCAAAGUGGAUAUUACUGACAUCGCUGUCCCAAAGCAAAGCCAACCUACUCUGAGCACUUGCUUCCCAGGAAUAACGAGCCUAUCGCUGUUAAUUGUGGCAUUGGCUUACUAUUAUCACCUGCCUCCAUGAAGAACCUCCAGUCUGCUCCCACAGCCGUACUACGUAAUAUACAUUGCGCAUCGCUUUGGAACUAUUAGAAAUGUCACUUCGAAGGAUAGAGCACCGUUAUGUGGCUGUUGUAGAGAAAGACCUUUGAACUUUGAGGCCUCUCCAUUUCUCGGAGAACAAACCCAUGGCCAUUGACAGUGCAAACAUGUUAAUAUUAUCUGCAUCCAUGCAAAGUACGAAAAGGUACUGCACAAAACAGACGAAGUCGAGACACAGACUUGCACAAGCUUAAACUGACUUUUUCAGUCUGAGGUCGUCAAUUUAAACAUGUUACCCCACAUGCCCAAUGAGGCAGCACAAAAUCGCUAUGAGAGAAUAAAAACUGUGGAAUAUGUACAAAAUCAUAGUGCCAUUGCAGCAGUGCCGUUCAAGAACGUCGCCUUGCUACCAAAGCACUAGAAACAGCCCGGCAACGAUUUUACUAAGCACUAACCUCUAUUGCGGUCUUAUGGUGCACAAUACAAUGCACAAUGACAUUUUUUUUUUUUUUUUCGAAAUGAAGCCUCUUAACAGUGAUGUCCUAAAGUGAAGCUACUGCACUGAACACACUUUAUUUGCUGGGAGAACAGACCUGUUGGCAUUGAUGGCAUGUUGCUUUAUUAUCAGCAGCCUCUAGUGCAUCAGCAUGACUUUAGAGCUGCAUUAUUUAAUGCCAGAGUGUGCGCCUUUUGCCU